UAUCGAUAAUUUAGUAUAUCAUUACCCCGUUUUUAGCAAUACAGUCUCUUCACUAUUUGUACUAAAUUGAUGAAUCCGAGUGAUGUUUUUCAAAUAAAUAAACAACAAGAACAGUUUUUAUUUUACAUUCACAAGCCUUAUUAGCGUUUACAAAAUGAGCACAGAAGAUAAGGGAGUUGUUAUAAAGUUGGAAAAACACAUAGCUCUAUUAAAAGAGGAGUAUACUAAACUACAAAGAGAGUAUGUUGAACUUGAAAAAAAAUACAACAAGAUAUCUAUAAAAUUAGAAGAUGACCCUAUUGUAAGCGGUUUUGCAUCUCGUUUGGUUAUGACCGUGGCUUCUCUUUAUAAUAAAACUAUUUAUUCAGACAUAUGCAUAAGAAUUGGCGCUGUAAGCAUACCGGCUCACAAAUUUGUUCUGCAAUCAAGAUCUGAUGAAUGGAGUGAAACAUUUUUGAAUGCAAGAAAUGAACUUGAUUUGAGUAAUUUCGAAGAAGAUAUCGGGAUCGCUCUAAUUCGGUGGAUAUAUACUGAUAUUGCUGAUUUAGAUAACGACCGAAUUGCUGUGGGAUUACUACGGGCAGCUCAUUCUUAUAAGUUGCCAGGGUUAAUGGGUUUAUGUGAGCGUGCUUUAGUGGUUUCGGCUAAUAUUCGAUCAUGUGUUACAUUUUAUUGUGUUGCUGAGGAAGUUGGAGCAAAAUCUCUACUUGAAUAUUGCUCAGGUUUGAUUUCAACGCAUUGGGAUGAUUUAACUUCACAAGAUUUUGAACAUAUGUCCGGUGCACUGUUAUUUAAAAUGUUAAAAAGCAAAACUAAGUAUCCACUACAUGCUGCAGUGCGGUUACUACGAGAAGAUGUCGUGUUUCUAUGCUUGGUAGAAAAUGAUAGCAAACUUCCCGAAAUUUGUAAUUCUUUAUCCGAUCAAGGCCAACUGCCACUACAAUUAGCGUUGACAGCAAAAAGCAUUUCCAUUGCUCAAACUCUAGUUAAAAAUGGAUCUGCAGAUAUUAAUGCGUAUGAUGCAGAGGGGUUUUCAUUAUUGAUGAGAUCUAUUAAAAAUGUCGACGAGUUUGCGGCAACUUUUUUGUUGGAUCAUGGUUGUGAAUUGAACUUAACAGCAAGGGAAUCGGGAAACACUGCCUUACAUAUGAUUUCUCAGUAUAAUCCUAUUGGAACUGAUCAAGAAGAAUUCGCGUCCAUAUUAAAUAUUGGUGAAAAGUUGCUAACUCUAAAUCCAAAUAUUAAUAUACAAAAUAAUCGGGGAGAAACUUCACUACAUGCAGCAAUAUUGUCUGGUAACAACAAGAUAAUUGAUAUGCUGGUUUCUAGGCCCGAAAUAAAUAUUAACUUGCAAAACAAUAAUGAAAACACCGCCUUAGAAUUGUGGCUAUUAAAUAAAAUGGACUCAUGGAAAUUACCUUUGAAAUUAAUUGAACUUGGAGCGAACGUCAACCCAAUCAAAGCUUCUACUGAGGACAAUUUGAUGCAAGUUUUGGCAAAGAAGGGUUUGGAGGAAUCGGCAAUUUUUUUAACGGAUUAUGCAGAUAUUAAUCACGUUAACGCUGCAGGAUUUACUGUACUUCAUAUAGCUGCAGAAAUGCACUUAUCAAAUUUAGUUGCAAAAUUAUUACAAGUCGGUGCUAAUCCCAAUGCCCAGUUCUCCAAAUCUCAAAUGAGAUCACCUAUUCAUAUAGCUGUAGAAGCAAAUGCCGUUGAUGUUUUAAAAGAAAUUGUAAAACAAAAAUCUUGUUCUUCAGGCAAAUCGCCAAAUUUUGACUGUAAAAAUGAUAAGGGAAAUACUCCAUUAAGCCUUAGUAUAGAAUUAGGACGUAGCCAUUUAGUUUCUCUUCUCAUAGAUGGAGGAGCGAAUGUUAAUGCUCGAAACGAUGACGAUCUGACAUUAUUGCAUCAAUCGAUUUUAAAUAAGGACACGGACACUGCGAUUUUGCUUUUACAACAUGGCGCUGAUGCAAAUUUCCUAACUGGAGACAAACGAUCGCCACUCCAGCUGGCUAUAUACGCUCAUUUGCCGAUAGUAGUUGAUAACUUAUGUGCUAAAGGAGUGUCUUUAAAGUCAUUUAAUGACAACCAGAGAGAUCCACCACUUUGGACAAGCUUAGAACUUGGAUAUGAAGAUAUUGCUCAAAUCUUACUGCGGCACGGUGUGGAUACAGAUUGCUGGGAUACUGGACCAGAAGGCUGUAUGCAAACUAUGCUACAUCGGGCAAUAGAUGAAAACAAAGAAUCAAUAGCAAUUUUUCUCAUAAAGAGUCAAUGCGAUAUUGAUUCACCCCGUCAGGCUGGUCCAAACGGGGAAGGAGGAGACGAAGCUAAUGACAAAGCUUCUCCAUUACAUGUUUGCUGUCAUUGGGGUUUAACAAAAGUAUUGCAAGCUUUAAUUGAUCAUGGUGCGAAUGUGAAUGCAUUAGAUGUCAACAACCAAACUCCUAUUCACAUAGCAAUAAGAAACCAGCACGAAGAAAUUAUUUCUAUUUUAUUAUGCCACCCAAAUAUUGAUUUAAGAAUUCGAGACCAUGAAGGAAAUACCCCUUUCGCCCAAGCUCUUUUUGUUAGAAAUCAUAAAGCCGCAGAACGCAUUUUGGAACGUCUACCUAACGCGGCAGAACAAAUGGAUAAUCGUGGACGUAAUUUUCUUCAUUUAGCCAUAUUAAAAGACGACAUAGAAGGAGUUCUUUUCUUAUUAUCUGUCCAAGUAGAUGUCAAUUCAAGAGUUCAUGAUGUGAAUCAGUCUACACCUUUACAUUUGGCUGCAUCUUCGCGAAAUGAAAUGAUAAUGAGAACAUUGAUUCUGGCAGGAGCACGUGUUAGUGAAAGAGAUGCAACUCAAAAGACACCUCUCCAUAUUUCUGCUGAGAGGGGUAAUUUAGCUGCUCUAUCAGCACUAUUGCAGAAUAACGCAGACUACGACGCAGUUGAUGGUGAUGGAAAUAAUGCUUUACAUGUUGCUGUUCGUGGGGGAUAUUUAAGUAUUGUACGAGAACUAUUAACAGAAUCAAGAAUUGAUGCGGAAGCUGUAAAUCACAAAGGACGAACACCACUGCAUGAAUUAUGCCGCACUGGAGAAGAUAAUUCAGCGGCUGCCAUAUGUGAUCUAUUCAUUGAAUGUAUGCCAAAAUAUCCUAUUAAUAAACCCGAUUCCGAUGGGAAUACGCCUCUACUACUAGCUUUCAUGAGAGGCCAGUCGCCUUUAUGCAAAGCCUUAGUGAAGUAUGGGGCGUGCCUUGGUAUGGAAAAUCGAGACGGCGUUAACAUAUUCAAUUUUAAGUUGGCUACAGAUCAACUUUUACACAAGCUUCUUGAUCAGCUGCCACAAGAAUCCCCAUGGUCCGAAUCGGACGUCUGUCAAGAAUGUCGUAUAAAAUUUUCAUUAACAAUUCGGAAACAUCACUGCCGUCAUUGUGGGCGUGUUUUAUGUUCCAAAUGCUCAAACAACGAUGUUCCAAUCCUUAAAUUUGGUUUGAAUAAACCCACUCGUGUGUGCUGCACUUGCUUUGAUGUUUUACAAGGAGGAAUACAUACUUUACAAUGAACACAAGCAAUUUAUUUUAAUUAUUCACGUACAUAUAUGUAAAUACAUUUUGUUUCCUAAAAAAUUACUAAUUAAAAUAGUAUGUCUUUAUUUAUGAAUAAAAAUAUUAUAUAAAAUUUAUAUACAUGCAUAUAUGGUA